UUUUCUGUUGCAUAAACCCUUCCUCUCAUUUGAGUUCUAAGACUAAAACACACAGCACGAGUGUAAUGUACUAAUGAAUCUGCGUUUCAACACUGCGAUUCCAUGAGUCUCGUGUGCAACCUCAGACACAGGAUCCUGCCACCAUCUCCCUCGCCCUUGGUCCUCUUCAUCCAACGGCGAUGGAAGAAACCCACCGUCUCCGCCCAAACCCGUUUGGAAGACAGAGUAAGAGACCCCCACCUCGACAAGUUCACGACCCACUUCAAAAAACUCGACCUUGUCCUCAGAAUCCACCACCUCAUGUCCACCCGCAAGCGCGGUCCCUUCGUCUCCCUCACCCUCAUGUCCCGUUGGAGAAACAUCCUCGGACUCCACGUCCCCGUCGCCUCCUUCCUCCACAAACACCCCCACGUGUUCCACGUUUUUACCCACCCUCUCAGGAGGAACACGUGUUGCAGGAUAACAAAAGGGAUGAAAGACUUGAUCUUGCUUGAAGGGGUUGUGCUGAAGCAGCAACAGAUGGAGGCUGUCAAGAGGGUGAAGAAGUUGUUAAUGAUGUCUGUGAGUGGCACUCUUCGUUUGCAUGCGUUGAGGUUGAUCAGAAGAGAAUUGGGUCUCCCUGGGGAUUUCAGAGACUCCAUUCUGGCCAAGUAUAGUGGGGAUUUCAGGUUGGUUAAUUUGGAGGUUGUGGAAUUGGUUCAUUGGGAUGCUGAAUUGGGGGUGGCUCAGGUUGAGAAAUGGAGGGAGAAGGAGUAUGUGGAAAAGUGGUUGAGUGAGUUUGAAACUAAGUUUGCAUUUCCCAUUAGUUUCCCAACUGGGUUUAAGUUUGAGAGAGGGUUUAGGGAGAGGUUGAAGAAUUGGCAGAGGCUUCCAUACACUAAGCCUUAUGAGAAGAAGGAGGUGGUUCGGGUGAAGACGUGUGGAGGGAUCGAGCGAUACGAGAAGAGGGCUGUGGCUGUUCUUCAUGAGCUGUUGAGCUUGACUGUGGAGAAAAUGGUUGAGGUUGAUCAGUUGGCUCAUUUUCGUAGGGACUUUGGUAUUGAAGUUAAUGUGCGGGAAUUGUUGUUAAGGCACGCUGGUAUAUUUUACCUGUCUACUAAAGGGAAGACUCUAACUGUUUUUCUCAGGGAAGCUUAUAGGAAAGGGGGUUUGAUUGAGCCGAAUCCGGUGUAUGAGGUGCGUAGGAAUAUGUUGGAUCUUGUAUUGUUAGGAUGUAGGAAAACCAGACAGUUGGUAGCUUGUGAUGAAUCUAAGGAAGAGAGUAGUUCUAGUGUAGUUUAUGAAGUGAAUGAGGAAGGUGAAAGACAAGGAGAUUGGGUGAUUCCUUUCUUGGAGAAUUGUGAGGAGAAUAGAUCCCCUUGAUUCUGUGAAGGUAGCAGAGGCAGCAUAUUUAGCUUAUUGAGUUCAUAUUUUUAUUCUCCUGUGCAAUGUUUCAUUUGCACUAUAUUGAUCUUGAUACAUCACUUGCCAUGUGAUGGCUUGAUGAAACAGGCUGUGGGCAAAUCAUCUACUAUCUAUUAAAAAAUGUGCUUUUCUGCUUGUAGGAUGCUCUCCAUGCAUACUAGCUCUCAAAUGACAAACAUUUGCCAUCUAGACAUUUUACAUGUGUCCAAUUGGUUCUCUCUCGCGGGAUUCUGGCUUGCAUACACUUUGUCCAUUUGCUUUUCUCUUUACCUUUCUAUAAUUCAGAUUUCAAAUUAUGAAUCAUCUUGUGCAAGAGCUCUAGAGCCUUUAUAUUGACAGAGUUUCUUGCAAAAGAGGCUUAAAACAUCUGGAAGAAAAUUGUGAUGAAAAAUCUUCUCAAGAAGAAAAGAGGGACUUCAGACUAUUUAUACCACUUCACUGCAAAACAGCAGGAUUCUUUAAAAGUUGGUAAGUGGAGCAAUGGAGUUAAGGUGACCGAGGAAGAAGCAUUAGUUGAACAGUGAAGGAUGUUUGCAAAGGCAAGUACUAGAAUGAAUGGUGUGGCCAUUGCUUCCAAGCAGCCUCAUGUUGACCAAAGUUUAGAUAACUCACUUUGGAACCUUUAUUUUCUUGAAACAUAGGCUAGCAUCUGUGACUCCUGUCUCUGCUUCUAGUUAGCCUGAUCUUGGGCAACAAAGUGGUUCCAUUUUAUCAUGCUGGGAGCUAUGUUUCAUUAUGUAUGAUAGGAACCCUAUGUAAUGAUGGUGCAAUGCAUGAGCUUUUGACUGGUAAAUAAUACCUGAAGAAGCCUAUGAUAGUUAUGAAGUGCUUAUGUACUGACUAGGAUGCUUAUGUAAUGAUUAGAUUAGACUAUGGGCUUCUUUUUUGAUAAAUUUUUUGGAGAAGCGCUUAUAGGAAAGAAAAUAAGAAAAAUAAAUGAAAUUUACUUCUCCAUAAA